AUGGUCGGCAUGCUCUCCCUCCUCCUCUCUGCCUCUCUCGCGCUCGCGACACCUACCGAGCUCGCACCCCGCUGGCCUCCUGUCAGCACGACGACCUGCAAUGGCAAGGAGUACGUCUACCAAGGUCUGACUGGAUUCGGCAAGGUUGCGUCCAACUUCCGCGACAAGUACGGCGACACGCUGUCAUUCGGCUCGUCCGCUGCUGUUGAGCCAAAGACUUGGAAGCUCCUGUCCAACGGCACCCUCACCGGUACGUUCUGGAUGCUUCCCGAUCGCGGCUGGAACACGAACGGCACGACCAACUUCCAACCUCGUGUUCACAUCUUUGACGUCUGGUUCACCCCUCUCGAGGAUGGUGCGCCUGCGCCUGCUCCCCAAAAUCUCAUCUUUGGGUACAAGGAUACUGUCCUCUUGUUUGACCCUACGGGCAAGGCCACUACUGGGCUCGAUGCUAACUCUGCCCUGACUUUCCAUGGUAUGCCUACCAUGCCCGCUGCCCAGUACACUGGGGACGGUUGGGGCGGACCUGGCAACGGUGAUACUCGCGUCUCUCUCGAUUGCGAGGGUAUCGUCCUGGAUCAUGAUAGCACCUUCUGGAUCUCGGACGAGUAUGGUCCUUACGUCUACCACUUCACCCGCGAGGGCAAAAUGAUCGAUGCUCUCGCACCCCCUGAGGCACUUAUUCCCCACCGCAACGGCACGCUCUCUUUCUCUGCCGACAGCCCUCCGAUCUACGCCCCUGACGCCCUUCCCAUCCCUGCCAACCCCAACACCGGUCGCUCAAACAACCAAGGUCUUGAGGGUCUUGCUGCCGACCCCAGCCGCAAGCACAUGUUCGCACUUCUCCAGUCCGCUACUGUGCAGGACGACGGCACGGAUGCUAGCAAGCGGCGGUGGACGCGUCUGCUCCAGUACACCCGGGAGGCUGGUAAGUACAUCUACACGAACGCGUGGGCUCUCGGUCUCCCUACCUACCUCACCGCUGCCAAUGCGACGCGCAUUGCUGCCCAGUCCGAGCUGCACUAUCUCACUCAAGAGCAGUUCUUCGUCCUUCCCCGUGACUCCUCCGCUGGCCACGGCAUGCCCAGCUCCCUCUCCCUCUACCGCCAUAUCGACAUUUACGACAUCUCUGCUGCGACCUCCAUCCACACCCCCACGCUUGACGCUGUGAACGGCACGAUCGCGCCUAACGGUACGCUCCUCCCGUCCAUCACCCCAGCCAAGUACUGCUCCUUCAUCGACUUCAACGACAACGCCGAGCUGGGCAAGUUCGGCCUGCACAACGGUGGUGCAGACGACGACAACCUGCUGAACGAGAAGUGGGAGGGCAUGGUCGUCCUCCCUGCAGACGGCAAGGAUGCCAAGGACGGGUGGUACUACGUCAUGGCCACGAACGACAACGACUUUGUUACCCAGGAUGGGUACAUGAACUUUGGCCAGAUUCAGUACAAGGAUGGCAGUGGGUUCAACUUUGAUAAUGAGGCCCUUGUGUUCAAGGUCCAGCUGCCUAGGGGUGUUAGCCCACCGAUGGGAUGA